GCUCAUUGUUGCUGAUGUCAUGCACAAGCUAAGCUGACGAUCAUGGCAGCCUCGGAGAAGAGUACUAAAGAGAAGCUGUUGUCCGUGUUAGACGAUCUGGAAGUGCUUUCCAGAGAACUUAUAGAAAUGCUGGCGCUUUCAAGGAAUCAGAAACUUAAUCAGCCUGGAGAAGAAAAUCAGAUUUUGGAGUUACUUAUUCAGAGGGAUGGAGAAUUCCAAGAACUCAUGAAGCUGGCUUUCAGCCAAGGGAAGAUACAUCAGGAGAUGCAGCUCUUGGAAAAGGAAGUUGAGAAGAGAGACAGUGACAUCCAGCAGUUACAAAAGCAGCUGAAGGAAGCCGAGCACAUACUGGCAACAGCUGUUUAUCAAGCUAAAGAAAAACUGAAGUCAAUAGAGAAAGCGAAAAAAGGUGUCAUUUCAUCUGAAGAACUUAUAAAGUAUGCCCAUCGAAUAAGUGCCAGUAAUGCAGUGUGUGCUCCUCUGACUUGGGUGCCAGGUGAUCCACGUCGACCUUACCCUACAGAUCUUGAGAUGAGGAGUGGUCUUCUGGGCCAGAUGAGCAAUCUUCCUACCAAUGGAGUCAAUGGUCACUUACCAGGGGAUGCACUUGCGGCUGGGCGACUUCCAGAUGUAUUGGCGCCACAGUAUCCCUGGCAAUCAAAUGAUGUUUCUAUGAACCUGCUGCCUCCAAAUCACAGCAAUGACUUUUUGAUGGAGUCUCUUGGACCUAAUAAAGAGAAUGAAGAUGAUGUUGAAGUUAUGUCAACAGAUUCAUCUAGUAGCAGCAGUGACUCUGAUUAAUAAUGGCAGCAAAAAAGGAGCAGAAACAUUUUUUUAUAUUUAGCUGUUGGUUCCUGAGCGAUAGAGGUGUCAGACCCAGGAAUGCACUGGCAUCAAAUGCUGAGAAAGUUACCAAAGUAGCUUAUUCUGGCUAAUCCAAGGAGUCAAGCCAACUCUUCCCUUGAUGGAAUAGACUGUGGUGUAGCAAAAAAGACUUUUGCAAAUUGUAUAUACUUAAUAUAUUUUUGUCUAUGACAAGAGAAAACCACUUGUGAACUACAUUAGAUGGGAGGGAAACUAGUAUAGAAUCUAACGUGGCAAACUAUUGUGACUUUUUGUUUGUAUUUUUUUUUGUGGCAUAAAUUGUACAACAUAAGUUCAGUGCAAACAUCCUCAUACUUAUAAUAUAUAAUUGUUUUAUCACCAAUACAGAAAUUUUAUAAAGCAAGAUUUCAAUUUAGUGCUUGCGAAGAAAUUGAUCACUUUUAAAGCAGGCCGAUGCAUAGCUCUAAAAUAGGACUAUUAGUAGAUUUAGAAGACUGUAAUUCAAUAAACAAAAUAAAGUUUGUGUAUCAGAAAAUUGCUAUAGAUGAUUCUAGACAUUAUUUUCAUUCUAGUUAUAUAUUUAACAAUACUUAAGGUUCUGUUGUGGCCUAAAGUAAGGUGUUCCCCUAGCUGCUAGUUUAUUGUAUUUUUUGAGGAAAACAAUCUACCCUAGUGUAUAAAUUAAGAGCCCUCCUGAAAACAAAUGAUGCAGUAUCUACAACGUACAUUGUUUUGUUUUAUUUUUUAUUGUGUCUUAAUCAUCAAAAUUGACUUAUAGGGACCCCCAGUGGCUAUUUUUCUUUAGUGUGUAUUCUGAUACAUUUAGCAUAGAAAUAUGUGAUAUUCAUGAACCAUUAUUCUUCAAGAUGACAAUGAGCAGUAUCUCUAAGAGGGAUAUCUACAGAUAUAGGAAAAAGCUUUAUACAGUAUUGUGUUACUGUUGGGAGAAUUUUGUCUUAUUCUGUACUAACAAUGAUCUAGUUGUGCAUCACUUAUGUAUACAGCUUUCAUGUUGUGUGCGUGUGAAGUUACCACAAUACCAGCAGCUCAUUACAUAAACCUACUUCUAUUUAAUAAUACGUUAUAGAAACCAUUUCAUGUACAGAUCAUAUUUUCAUUUCUCUAAUAAUAGUGUUCAACUAAAGUAUGUCCUUAGUCUAAUGUAUGUCUGAAAAGAUUUAUUUUAUUUGAUGCCAUUUUUGUACAUAAAUCAAUAAAAACACAUUGAACAACCA